CCGUCGAGAGCGCGAGCAACCCACACCCACGCCGCCCCGCUGUCUCCGCCGGUCCGCCCCCUCUGCCUCUGCCUCUGCCUCUGCGCCUCCCCCGUCCCCGAAUCGCGUCGGCCCGUCUCCUCGUGUCGCGAAACCCUCGGCCAUGGCGGAGGCGCCCGAGACCGCCGCUCCCACCCCGCCCCCGUCGCCGCCAGCGCCGGUGACUUCGUCCCCGCCUCCCAAGUCGGGGAUCCCGCCGCGGUACGACCUGGACGCCAAGUGGGACGCGUGCCUCGACCUCUCCAUCCGCCGCGUCGCCUACUCCUCCCUCGCUGGCGCCUUCGCGGGUCUCCUCCUCUUCCGUAGCCCUACUACUCGCUGGGCAUCAGUUGCCCUUGGAGCUGGUGUGGGGAUAGGAGCUGCAUACACUGAAUGCUCAUACUUAUUCAAUGGUGCUCCUCCAAAGUGGUCACCCAAAGUCUCAACUAUUCCUUCUGCUCACUCUGAAGGAGGAGACAAGUAAACCCUUACCGAAGGAUUGGUCCAUCUCGGUGGAGUUUUGGAGUGUGUGAAGUACUUGGUGGUUUCCUGCUGGAUAUUACGCUACCUGUGGCCAUAGUAUGUCAUUAAAGUUAGAUUUGCCUCACUUGAGAGUUUUGUUGCAAACCUAUUCCAAUUGUGGUCUGAAUGUCUGAUGACCCACCCUUGGCAAAGAGCUUUUGCAAGCUGACGUUGAAACGGUGGCUUGGUGACCGGUAAUAAAUUUUUCAUCAUGUGAACUUGUUUGCAGAAUGCUUUGUGCCUUACAUGAGUAUAUACAUUUACACAUUGCACGACCCUUUUCUGGGGCUAUUGUUGCCUAA